GCAGAAGGAGCGCGCGCGCCUGGGAGAGCUCGGGGUCCGGCGCUUGCGGUGGGAGCCACGAGCCGGAGAGAGGGGUCCCGGGCUGCCUCGACCGCCGUCGCCACCGCCUCUCCUGUCGCGACCGCAGCUCCCAGCGCGCCGGCGGCCGUCGCCGCCGAAGCCACCACAGCCGCUGUGUGCAGCCUGGAAGGGGGGGCGGGGGGGAGGGGGGGAGCCGCGAAAGCGGGGUGCCGAGGACUUUGCAACUUGCCCAGGAAGGUGGAGGGGUGGGAGGGGGAGGGGGACCUCCGCACGAGACCCAGCGGCCCGGGUUGGAGCGUCCAGCCCCGCAGCGGAUCAUGGUGCAGCAGGCGGAGAGCUUGGAAGCGGAGAGCAACCUGCCCCGGGAGGCGCUGGACACGGAGGAGGGCGAAUUCAUGGCUUGCAGCCCGGUGGCCCUGGACGAGAGCGACCCAGACUGGUGCAAGACGGCGUCGGGCCACAUCAAGCGGCCGAUGAACGCGUUCAUGGUGUGGUCCAAGAUCGAACGCAGGAAGAUCAUGGAGCAGUCUCCGGACAUGCACAAUGCCGAGAUCUCCAAGAGGCUGGGCAAGCGCUGGAAAAUGCUGAAGGACAGCGAGAAGAUCCCGUUCAUCCGGGAGGCGGAGCGGCUGCGGCUCAAGCACAUGGCCGACUACCCCGACUACAAGUACCGGCCCCGGAAAAAGCCCAAAAUGGACCCCUCGGCCAAGCCCAGCGCCAGCCAGAGCCCAGAGAAGAGCGCGGCCGGCGGCGGCAGCGGCGGGAGCGCGGGCGGCGGCGCGGGCGGUGCCAAGACCUCCAAGGGCUCCAGCAAGAAAUGCGGCAAGCUCAAGGCCCCCGCGGCCGCCGGCGCCAAGGCGGGCGCGGGCAAGGCGGCCCAGGCCGGGGACUACGGGGGCGCGGGCGACGACUACGUGCUGGGCAGCCUGCGCGUGAGCGGCGCGGGCGGCGGCGGCGCGGGCAAGACGGUCAAGUGCGUGUUUCUGGAUGAGGACGACGACGACGACGACGACGACGACGAGCUGCAGCUGCAGAUCAAACAGGAGCCGGACGAGGAGGACGAGGAACCACCGCACCAGCAGCUCCUGCAGCCUCCGGGGCAGCAGCCGUCGCAGCUGCUGAGACGCUACAACGUCGCCAAAGUGCCCGCCAGCCCUACGCUGAGCAGCUCGGCGGAGUCCCCCGAGGGCGCGAGCCUCUACGACGAGGUGCGGGCCGGCGCGACCUCGGGCGCCGGGGGCGGCAGCCGCCUCUACUACAGCUUCAAGAACAUCACCAAGCAGCACCCGCCGCCGCUCGCGCAGCCCGCGCUGUCGCCCGCGUCCUCGCGCUCGGUGUCCACCUCCUCGUCCAGCAGCAGCGGCAGCAGCAGCGGCAGCAGCGGUGAGGACGCCGACGACCUGAUGUUCGACCUGAGCUUGAAUUUCUCCCAAAGCGCGCACAGCGCCAGCGAGCAGCAGUUGGGGGGCGGCGCGGCGGCCGGGAACCUGUCCCUGUCGCUGGUGGAUAAGGAUUUGGAUUCGUUCAGCGAGGGCAGCCUGGGCUCCCACUUCGAGUUCCCCGACUACUGCACGCCGGAGCUGAGCGAGAUGAUCGCGGGGGACUGGCUGGAGGCGAACUUCUCCGACCUGGUGUUCACAUAUUGAAAGGCGCCCGCUGCUCGCUCUUUCUCUCGGAGGGUGCAGAGCUGGGUUCCUUGGGAGGAAGUUGUAGUGGUGAUGAUGAUGAUGAUGAUAAUGAUGAUGAUGAUGGUGGUGUUGAUGGUGGCGGUGGUAGGGUGGAGGGGAGAGAAGAAGAUGCUGAUGAUAUUGAUAAGAUGUCGUGACGCAAAGAAAUUGGAAAACAUGAUGAAAAUUUUGGUGGAGUUAAAGUGAAAUGAGUAGUUUUUAAA